CAUUAUCAAAACCAAUUUCAAACUUGGACUUCACGGCGAAUUUCAAGAGCAGUACGUGGCAUUGUGGCCUCUAAUUUCCAAAAACAAAACCUUCUUGCCAAGCCGAACUCUGUUACCGUUCUAGUCUGCAGUGCACAUGGUGUGCGUGUGUGUGAUGUAGCUAUCCAAGUCUGUGCUAGCGAAACCUCCGUGUGGACAGCUGCUCCAACUAAACGUUUGUGAUCGCGAAGCCAGCAACUAGACUAACAUCAUCACUAGCAUUGUCAACGUCAACAACGAACUUAGAAACAGUUGCCACAGCAACCGACAAAGCCACGGAAGCCAUGGCAACUGCCUCGGAGACCAGCGACGUCAGGAACACAUCAACAGUUGGCAUGGCAACAUCACCCGCAGGCACGACGACGGAAGCCGGCGAAUCGCAGUCGUCGGAGCGACCGCAGAGCGUUGCCUGGGAGAUCGACUUUGGCAUGCAGGCUUCCACAGCUGCCUCCAUCAGACGCAGCGUAUCCAAGGUGAAGCGUGGCGGCAAGAAGCAAUCGGCGGGAAGUUCUAAUCCCGUUAGGGGCAGGCCGAGCGUGAGCGCUGGCGUUAAUCAUGGCCGCUCGCACAAGCUGUCCGGACCGGCGCUGGCCGCCAACAGGGUGCGCAAGGCGCUCGCCAAGAAGGCUGCGGAGCAGAAGAAGGAGAGCCCACCGCUGGCGAGAAGGAUGAGCGUGACGAAGAUUAGUCCGCCGGUUGCGAAACGGGCCAGCCCUCCCAGCGAGAAGAAACACGGCCUGGCGAAGGAGAAUGAUGCGGGCUUACCGGCAGAUAUGGAAGCAAGUCCGCCGACGGAAAAGAAGGCAAGCCCGCUAGUGGGAAAGAAAGCUAGUCCGCCCAUUGCAAAGAAAUCAAGUCCGCCAAUGGAGAAAAGAGAAAGUCCACCGAUGGAGAAGAGAUUAAGUGCGCCUUUGGGAAAGAAAGCAAGUCCGCCAAUAGAGAAGAAAUCAAGUCCGCCAUUGGCGAAGAAAGCAGCCAACAGCUCUGAUGGCCCCACUGCCGCUGCAGCAAACGUUGCUGGUGCACAGGACAGAGCCGGCAAUCUCUCCACCACUCCAGCCCAGCCGAGCGUCGCCGUCAGGAAAGGCAGCAGGCGCCCAGCUGCCGGUGCCGCGGGCAACCGACGCGCCGCUAACGGCAACAACGCACCGCGCGGUGCGGUGAUGUGUCGACGGCCGGAGUACGAAGAUGGUGGCUUGGAGCCGGGGUCCAUCACACACCUGGAUGCGGAACUCAUCACGGCCGAAUCUCUUGCCCAGCGUAAGGUUCUUGACAUGCGCAGAUGGUAUUGUAUAAGCCGUCCACAGUACAAUGCAUCCUGUGGUAUCUCGUCUGUCGUUGGCGUGUGGAACUUUCUCUUCUCAACGCUUGGCCACGGAGAACUGUCACCCAUUACACAGGAACAAGCCUUCACUAUCCUCGGCUUUGAUCCGCCAUACAAUGAAAUCAAGUUUGGGGCCGUCGCUGGAAACCACAUGCUGAUGAAGUGGUUUCAAGCUCUGAACGUUCACUUCCAAGUCUCCGGUAUGUCAACAUACAUGUACAAACCGCGCGGCUACAAUCAGACGCGCUAUAACUCUGUACAGGCUCUGGCUCAGAUCAAGGCUGCUCUACACAGCAAUGACUGUGCUCUCAUCUAUCACUGUACCAACCACUACAUGUGCCCUAUCGGCUAUGAAGAUACGCCCAAGACGUCCGCCUCGGCCUACAGAGGUAUUCUGUCAGAGAGUGAAGUGCGUACCUGGCUGAUCAUCGGCGAUACCAGCAACUGCAGUCAGCCUCUACUUUCAUGCAAAUGGGAGAAUGUGGUCAAGGAUCUUGAACUCAACCUACCCCAGUAUUACAAUAUCAAGCAACCACACAAGGGCAUACAGGCACGCAAGGGCGCUUGGCGACGGGGCGGCAACAUCAACUGCAUCAUGCUGUUCAAACGAUCGGCCGUGCAACGCAGUCGUCUCUAUCUCAAACGACCGCUCACCUCCGUGAACUCCAACUCCGACGAGGAAGAUGAAGCUGAAGCUGAAGCUGACGGAACAUUGGAAUCAGAAUCCUCGGCUGCCGUUGCGCAGGCGGAAUCUGCGGAUGCUGUUGAGCACGACCAGCAGGAGAACGAGCAACAGGAGAACGAGCAGCAGGAGAACAAGGACGAGGACGAGGGGGAUGGCGAGGCCCCAGAGGAUGACUGCAUGUGCUGAGACCGUGAUCAUACAAUCAUGGUGAUGCCAUCAUACAAUCAUGGUGAUGACACCAUACAAUCAUGGUGAUGACAUCAUACAAUCAUGGUGAUGACAUCAUACAAUCAUGGUGAUGACAUCAUACAAUCAUGAUGAUGACUGUAGAGCUGUGUGCUAGAAUGAAUUGAUACUGUGUGGGUCGCACGUGUGAUGGCUGUUUUCUAAGUGGCUUAACCCUCAGGAUGAGACAUGAUUAUAAUGUUAUGGUCUUGUACUUGUAGUCGUAUUCGUAGCGGAGUGGUGCACUGUGCAAGAUAGUGUUGGGUACUUGAUGGAGUGUGGCUGCUGUUAGCAUACCUGUGUGUGUGUGUGUGUGUGUGUGUGUGUGUGUGUGUGUGCGUGUGUGUGUGCGUGUGUGUGUGUGUACACUCGCGUGAGUACGAGUGUACGGCUGUGCGCGCGUGUAUGUGUGUGCAUGCGCAUACAGCAUAUUCAUUGUUCAGGAAUCUUUUACUUCAACAAAGUGACCGCAAGCUAGCUGCGCGUAACAUACAUGUAUGCCAUUUCUUUCCUUUCAGUCACACAGUGUGAGACACAUUCACAUUGUCAAGCACUUUGCAGAGAUAUCAUACACUGCUAGUAGUAAUAAUACUACUCCCCGACCAAUGAAUGCUUCUACUGCUACUCAUGAUAGUUAUUUGUGUCUAUUUUUUUCUUGUGCGAAAUGGACCUGAUAUUCGUGCAGUUCAGGAAAUAAUAUUAUAAUAAUUAUUAUUUAAGUUAUGAUCAUGAUGGAUUCAUUGCCGGAGAUAUGGCUAUAUUGGCCCGUGUCAAAUAGCCACCACAAUGAAGCAUGAAACGCCAGAUCAAUCUCAUUAUUCCCGUAGGUAUGCAACAGACGUCUUGAUGA